AUGAAAGACUAUACAAUUACUGUUUUAGGAUGUGGUGUUAUGGGUUCUGCCAUCACCUCGGCAAUCUUGAAAUCAAAGUUUGAACCUUACCCCAAGAAAAUGUUUCUCUGUACUGCAGAACCAGAAACAUUAGCAAAGCAAUUUGGUGAUGAGCCAAUUGUUCAAUUAUCAUCCUGCGUCGAAGAUAAUCGCAAGGCUGUAAAGGAGGCUGACGUCAUCAUUUUGGGACUCAAGCCUUUUAUGUACGAGGAGGUGUAUGAGCAAGUCAAAGAUUCACUCACUGGUGACCAGCUUAUAAUUUCAUUGAUGGCCGGUGUCACUAUAAAGGAAUUGUCCAUCUUUUCCAAAUACGUAGCCAAGGUAAUGACAAACACUCCAGCCAGGUAUGGAUGUGGAACUGCUGCUAUUUCGUUUGCUCCAGCGGUAACAAAAGAACAGCAAGACCUUGUCAAUAAAUUGAUUGAGCCUAUUGGAUUGACCGUUACUAUCCCGGAGAAGAAUAUGGAUAUUGCUACUUCGUUGAUUGGGUCCGGUCCAGCAUUUUGCUUAUUAAUGAUGGAAUCAAUGAUUGAUGGAGCAGUGAGAAUGGGUAUGUCAUAUGAUGUGGCAAGACUUUCUGCUGCCAAAGUGAUGGAAGGAACAGCAAAGAUGUUGAUUGAGACUGGAGAUCACCCGGCUGCAUUAAAGAGUAAAGUGUGUACUCCAGGAGGAACAACCAUUGGUGGGCUAUUGAAGAUGGAGGAUGGUGCAUUGAGAAGCACCAUUGCGAGAGGUAUCGAAGAAGCUGCAAACAUUUCAGCAUCUUUUGCAAAAAAGUAA